AUGUCCUCAAACCUGGAAGAACAACAGCCCGUGAAGCAGAAAGUGCCAGGCCAAAGCCCCUUGCCCCAGGCAGAGUUGCCACAAAUCCCGGAGUUCCAGAGGUCUCAGGGCAGAGUCAGUGUCAAGAAGCUGCUCAAGAACAAGAUCAUGCCCAAGCUGAACAAGCCCAAGCUGAACAAGUCCCAGAACCCUCUUCCCCCCGCCGGCGAGGAGCCAGAGGUGAGCGAUGCCGCAGGAACAUCUCCGGCAAACUCUGCCUUGGGCCGCGACAGCGAGAAGAACGAGGCCGGCAGGCAACUGAAACCCGAGAGUGAGCCCGACAACCUGCCGGAGCUGCCUGGCAAGCCGGAGGAGGCAAAGGAGGAGGCGGAUCCCAAGGAGGCCGAGAAGCCCCACGAGCCUUCUGGGCCCCGGGCCCAGCACCGCCGUCGGCGCCGACGCUUGAGUCCCGAGCCACAGUUUUCUGAGCGCCUGGCCAGCAGAGGCGCCAAGUUCAAGAACGAGCUAGCUGGCACGCCCCUGGCCUGCGACUACUUCCAGUCACACUUCGGGGACAACUCGGAAGCCCUCACAACCAUCUUCAAGAGCGUCAUGCACAGAGUGGAGCAAGUUGACCCCACAUUCACAUAUUCCCGCAAGCCUGUUGCAACCAAUGUCCCUGAUGUACCAGAGCUUGGAGAAUCCCUAGAGUUGAAUUUGAUGCCAUGGCAUCUGAGCUUCGACCCCAGCUUGUCUCUGAAGGGCAAGUCCAAAAUGGUGUACAUCAAGACCUGUGUCACUGACUUCCUGGAGCGGCCCUACAACUCGAUGGCCAUUCAGAGCUACGGAGUGGGACAUGGCAUCGGGUUUGCCAAGAGCCUUGCCAUCAAGAUGCUCCUGCUGGGUGUGGUUCAGAUGCAGCUGUCCGACGCAGAGCUCAAGGUCAUCGCUCCGCAGCUGAAGGCAUUGUUCAGCUUCCGCUGCCUCUACAAGACUUUGGGGGACGAGAAGCAGGACCGCAUCCAGUGCCUGAAGGACAAGUUUGGCGAGGCUGCCCGGCCGCGGCCAGAUUGCAUCCAAGUCUGCACCAUUUUGCAGGCCCAGGCCAGGGAGGAAGGUGCGCAGUGGGAGCAUGCUGCAGCUCGCAUGAUCUCUGAAUUCAACAAGGGUAGCACCAACGAAGUCAAGCAACUUUCAGACUUGGAGAUGUGCAUCGUGAAAGUCCUGCCAUCGAUUGAGGAGGACACCCUCAAGAUGAUCGACUACCAUUGGCAGAACCAUGCCAUAAAGACCAGCGCCUUGCCAUACAAAGUGCUGGCCACUGACGCAUUCAUGAGUGGGUCAAAGCCAAAGCCAAGCCAGGACUCCAAGCUUUGGCGUGACAUCCUCAGCUUGAGCAACGAGAAACGGCACUGGUACAUCACACGCAAGAUCAGGCUCUACCUCUUCAAGAUUGCGGAUGCGAAGCGGCUGAGGAGGAAGGUCAGCCCAAACAGCAUCCGUGACGAGAGGGACAACGACAGUGCUUGGGCAAUCGCUUGCAUUUUCACGCAUUUCCAAGAGGCCUGGAGCGGCCUUGUCACUCAGAGCUCCUUGCAGCGCCUCCAGGACAACUUCUGCCGGGGAUACCUUGACACUGAGCUGCUUGAGAAGUACCGCCUGAUGAACCCCAGUCUUGCUGCCACGAGCUUCCGGUUCUUGGCGGAAGUCGGCUACCAGGUCGAGCUUGCCGCUGACCUGCAAAAGGCCGAGCUCGCCCAGACCAAGGCGCGCCUGCUGAAGGAGCAGCGGCAGUGGAUGCAGUUCAACGAGUCUUUGGAGGAGUUCAAGCUGGCCACCGUUGGGAUGAAGCAGGAGCACGUGGACAAGCAACGUGAUGUGCAGCGAGCGGCCAUAGAAGACUUUGCAGACCUCUUCUUCCCCGUGAGGGACCUAGCAGAGAUCUCGCAUGGCCUCACCUUUGCGGAGGCCAGCAUCCACAAGUGCUGCGGCAAGAUGUCGGCGCCGCAGGAAGCAGUCUUCAAGGUGUAUUGGCUGAACUCCGCAGUGCUGGGCUAUGAUGCAGUGCUUGGAGUCUCCGAGGCCGUUGCAGAGUACGCAAGCCAUGUGGCAAGCAGCCCAGCGAGCUCGUGCAUUCUGGUUGCCGCUCCAACAGCAGGCGCUUGGGGGAGCGAGUACCAUGAGACUGCAAUCGUUGAGGCCACAGAGAAGGUGCGCCAGUUGCUGCAGCACAGCGAGCGCAGGCUGCUGGUUCGGGAGGUGUGCCUGCCCUUCCAAGUUGACAGCAUCCAGGCACAGUCAAAGCGGCCAGGAAUGCACAAAAUUUUCCUUUGCGUUUCUGACCAGUGUGAUGCAUCCGGCCAGCCGGUCUCCAAGUUCACGCAGUCCCAGCUUUGGAAGAGACAGAUUGUGGCUGGGAGCAUCAAGGUCCCGAUGGCUGCAGUGAAGCAGAUGGUUGACCCGCGGAGGAGCUUCGUGGGUGCGUCUGGGCUGGCAGACAACUUGAACCAUGCCCGACUGGACGCGGCCCUCGCUGUGCAGCGAGAAAGCCCAGACAGCUGCCAGUACUUGGCAGCAGCCAUGCGUUGGAGCUUCGCCUCCGCCCCCAGCAAAGAGGGCAAAGUGCGCAGCCAAGCCAGCUGUGAGUUGGCAAACGCCGCCUGUGACCAGCCAAAGCCAAGGCAUGAUCGUGGCCAGCAAGCCUCUCUGGACAAGUCCAAGGUUCACCUCACGCUUGGCAUGGCAAUUCUUGCUGGGGGGCAGUUUGGUUUGACGUCGAGCGCUGACGCAGCAGCCAUGGCAAAGGACGUGGCAGCUGAGCUGGCGCAUGCAUGCGCGUCCUCGCAAAGUGGCUCUGGGGCAUGUUCUGUCUGCGAGGACGGGCUGCAGCUGCAAGAUGUGAUCGAGUUCCGCCGGGCCUAUCACAACUUGGCUGUGGAAGGCAAGUCCUUCCUUCUGAGCACCUGCUAUGCUGAAGGUUCAGCUUCCAGCGACUACACUCGUGUGCGCUGGCGCUUCCUGGGGAAGCGCGUUUGCACCCGCAGGCUUCUUAAGCUUCUGGGCACCAGCGCAAGAACUUUCACCAAGGCUGUGCAAGGCAGCAUCGACAAGAGGCAGUUCAAUGGAAGGCAGGCAACGGAAGCUAGCAUGUCAGUGAACCAAUUCUUUUUGGAGGUGUACCACUCAGCUGCUGAGUUUUUGCCAGAAGACCCCUCGUAUCACGUCACCAAUGUGGACGCCAGCAUCAACGCAGAUGAGCUGGAGGGAGCGCCCGCCACUGCCAGCAAGCCAGCCUGUCACCCGACCCUGCCUUUGUUGGGCUGGGACCCGAGCGAAAGCAUGGUUCAAGACCUUGGUGCUGCAGCUCUUGGCAACCCUGAGCCACUGCCCACCAGAUACGUGCAGCACUUGAAGCCCGUGGACCUGUGGUGGCAGUAUCUGGCCUGGGCGCUGGUGCGGUGCCCGCAGAGCAAAACUGCAAGCUGGAGCACCUUUUGGCGAGCCUGGCAGUCGAGUUUCUUGGCAGUCCUGUGCAUCAUCAUCGAUGGCCUCGACAAGAACAAAGGUGUUUGGCCACAGUAUCGGUGGCGCAAGCCAAAGGUCUUGGACAAAUUCAAUCGUCCCCGCAUCACGGUCCACGCAGCGAUGGCGCACGGCUACACCUGUGACUUCUACUUGGCAGACGAUGAGGACUUCUUCCAUGGUGCUUCGUUCUUCUGCGAGGUGCUCACCCGCACCCUGGCCAGAGUUCAGAGGAUUGCAGAGGGCAGAGGGCAGCGCAUGCCGGAACACUUGGUAGUGCAGUCCGACAACACAACUGCACAGGCCAAGAACGCGGAGGUUCCGGAAGAGCUGCGCUUGGCUAUCUUGAGCCUGACCUGCAUGACUGGCAUGUCAGCCAUCGUGGCCGGCAAAGGCUAUGACUUGCACUGCGAACUCAUGUCCCACGUGCGCAACUUCAAGGAGUGGAUGGACCCUAUGUGUGUGCACCCGCAUAACUGCUGGAGAGCACGGCAGGGGAUAGAGAGCCCUCAUUCCUUUACCUUCAAGCUACGCAUGGACUUGACGCAAGCAGAGUUCUCUUGGCUGCAGCAGAGUCCAACAGAUAGGGGGUGGCCCGCGCAUGAGCUGGACGUUUUCGUUGUUGUCAAGCACUACAUGGCAAGCGAGUCUCCGAAUGGCCCACCCGUCCUUCUGAUUCCAAACUCGCGCUACCUUCGCAUGCAGCAGGCUGCCCCUCAAGGCAGCUGCUACGCCACGCACCCCAUGAAUGAAAAGCGCCGGAAGGAGCUGCGGAAACUGGCAGAGGCUUUGGAAACCUUGUCUAACGAGUGGGCCGCCGAACAUUCCUACUUCCGAGCAGCCAGAGAGCUGCGCCUGCUCGCAAAUGGGAGGGACGCACUUCGCUCCACUGAUGGGUUCCUGGAGGCAGCCUCUGCUGACAGGCGUGCGGCGCUGGAGCCUUCUGCCGCAGCCUCAGUAGCGUGCUUUGACAAAUUUACAUGUUGUGAUUGCAUGGCACUUUGCCAAGGACAACCCCUACUUUCGAAAUCUGCCGGGGGUGUCGUGGCAAAUGCUUGUCAAGUUCAACUGAGAGCUGACUGCCAGAGUGCUGACACGCCCAGGAGUGAAAACGGUAAUUGGUGCAUUUUGCGGGAAGGUUUUGCAGGGCAUUGGUUUGAGCCACCGUUUCUUGUGCACUUCAGGCUGAGCGUUAGGAAAUAG